GCUUAGCUGACAAAUACCGCAUUGGUCGAACCACUGGAUGUUUCUGAUCCUAAUUAUGACCACAUUCAGUGCUACGGACUAUGCGUUUGGUUGACAGAUUCUGUCUGUCACACACUGCUUGAUCUCCCCUUGGUGAAGCCUUCUCUUCUGUUUUGCUGAUCACACUAGUUGAUGGCGGAGCCGAGCUCGGAUAUGGCAGGAGCUGGCGUGGAGUGCUCGGAGGAAAAUGCGUCGUCUGCUGGGAAGCAACAGGUAGAGGUCAUAAAGUCCGCAGGGGACAAGCGGCUUUAUCGGGCGAUCACGUUGGAAAAUGGUCUCUGUGCGCUACUGAUCCACGAUCCGGAAAUCGGCGCGUCGCAGGGAGAAGGCGGUGAUGGUGUUGAUGGUAGUUGCGACGACAAAGGGGGUGCAGCGCGAAGGUCGAGGCGUCGAGCAGGUGCUGGUCGGGGCUGUGCCUCAGACAGCGAUGAAGAAGAUGAUAGUGACGAUGGCGAUGAUGAUGACGAGGAUGAGGAUGGGGACGGCGAGGACGAUGAUGAUAGUGGGUGGGAGACGGCUGAUGAAGAGCAGACGGCCGCCGUUUUGACUAAUGGAGGUCCAGGGGAUAAGGGUGACGAGGGCGAGGGUGGCUGCGGUGACAAGUGUGAAGGAUGCAAACAGUGUGGAGAUGAAAGCGAUGAGGAGGAAGACGAUGGGUCGUCCGAAGAUGAGAGCGAUGGACCUCGACGUGACAUGCCCAAGGGCGGGGCGAAGAAAGCGGCGGCUGCCAUGUGUGUUGGCGUUGGGAGCUUCUCGGACCCUUUAGAUGCGCAGGGUCUCGCGCAUUUUCUAGAGCAUAUGCUUUUCAUGGGGAGUGAGAAGUUUCCUAAUGAGAACGAUUACGACUCGUUUUUGUCCGCACACGGUGGCAGCUCGAAUGCCUACACCGACGCAGAGCAUACGUGCUUCCAUUUCGAAGUUAAUCACAAGUUCCUGACCCCGGCGCUCGACAGAUUCGCGCAAUUCUUCAUCGCUCCCCUGGCCAAAGAUGAAGCGAUGGAACGAGAAGUGCAGUCUGUCGACUCUGAGUUCAAUCAGUCCGUACAGAAUGACCGGUGCCGAUUGCAGCAGCUUCAGUGUCAUACUGCCAACUCAGUGUAUGAACUACACAAGUUCAGCUGGGGCAACAGGAAGAGUUUGGGUGAGGCGCUUGCGAAAGGAAAGGGGAUAAGGGGGAAGCUAAUCAAUCUGUACAAGGAGCAUUACAGGGCAGGAAGGAUGAAGCUGGUUGUUUUAGGGGCAGAACCUCUUGACGAUAUGGAGAAGACGGUGAAGGAAUUGUUUGUCGGUGUGCGACCCGGGGGUGCGGAGAGGCUGAACUUUGCGCGAGAAGGAAGACUGUGGGAGAAGGGGAAGAUGUACAUCGUGCAGUCGGUCAAAGAUCAGCACCAACUAAGCCUGCAGUGGCCUCUCCCUUGCCUCGAUUCCGUCUAUCGCAAAAAGCCUCACGACUACGUCUCCCAUCUUAUCGGCCACGAGGGAGCUGGGAGCAUUCUCUCUCUUCUCAAGGCCAAGGGGCUGGCGCGGAGCUUAACGGCGGGAAUCGGGGACAGUGGUUUCGAGCGCAACUCUGCAAUGUAUCUGUUUAGUAUAAGCAUUCAGCUCACAGUGCUCGGACUCGAAAAGGUCAUGGAUGUUAUCGGGCUGGUUUACGAAUACAUCCAUAUGGCAAAGGAGGUCGGACCGCAGGAGUGGGUCUUUCGAGAACUGAAAUCUGUGGCGGAUAUGGAGUUCCGCUUUGCAGAGGAAGAUCUGCCCGAGGAUUACGCUUGCCGUCUUGCGGAAAACAUGCACCACUAUCCGGAGGAACACGUCAUCGCUGGAGAGUAUAUCGUCGAGGAGUGGGAUCCGGCGCUUGUGGAGGAUGUGUUUAACUGGCUCUCUCCUGAAAACAUGCGUGUCGACGUAGUGACGCGGUCGUUCGACAACACGUCGCCAGGUGUACUUGUGGAACCUUGGUUCGGAGUUCGUUAUCGGGUCAAAGACAUCGACGCGGAGCUCGUGGAACGGUGGGCGAAACCGCCGAGUUCGAACCCUGCACUCCACAUGCCAGUGCAGAAUCUGUUCAUUCCGCACGACUUCACCCUGCGCGUUGAGCCUGUGAAACUGGCGGAGCCCGUCGGCGAUUCGGGUCAGCUAUGCGAUGUGCUCACAACCUCAGAGUCAGCACCUGCGAAAGUCACGUCUUCGCUGGAAUCGUCUGGGAAAGCCACAUCAUUGCAAGCACCGUUGCCAGAAGCCGUGCCGACCGAGUCCUCUGCUGUGGAAGUCAUGUCGCCAGGGUCAUGCGCAAAAAUCAUGUCGACGGAGUUAACCGCGAAAGUGACGUUGGCGGAGUUGCCUGCGAAAGUUGACGACGCAGCAGGGACGACGUACUCGAAAGCAACUCCGGAGACAUCCGACAAACUCACCGAGCUGGCGCCGGCGCCGCCGAGCUCCCUGAAUACAGCUGUCAAACGUUUCCCGAAAGUUAUUUACGAAGACGACUGCAUGAAGUUGCACUACCUGAAGGACAUGGUCUUCAAAACGCCGAGGGCAAGCGUGUACUUUGCGAUUACCAGUGGGGUGUUUGUGCGUAGUGCGAAGAAUGUUGUCCUCGGGGAGCUGUUUGUCAAGCUCCAUGCAGACGCCCUCAGCGAAACCGUGUACCUGGCGAGCGUUGCUAGGCUGGAUUGGAACGCAACGUUGAGCGGGAGCCGCUUAGAGUUCAAGUUUCAUGGAUUCAACGACAAACUUGGGCUGCUCGUGAAGACGGUGUUCGAACAACUAAGAGAUUUCGAAGUGCACAAGGACAGGUUUGAAGUUGUGAAGGAGGAGCUCGUUCGAGAUUACGGCAAUGUCAAUAUGAAACCGUUGAAGCAUUCGGCGUAUCUGAGGCUUCGCGUUCUCCGGGAAAGAGGGUUCCCGGUGGAGGAGAGACUCGAUGCAUUACUCUCUUGCACGCCCGAGGACCUGGCCGCCUUUGUUCCAGCCAUGCUGGACCAAACAUUCACGGAGUUUCUGGCUCACGGGAACUUGACGGAGGAGGAGGCCUUGGAGCUGGUGAAGACUGUGCAGUCCUGUUUACCGCGAAAACCAUUGCGACCUGAGGAUCGACCGGUCGAAAGAAUCGUGCAGCUCACGGAUGGCGUCUCGUAUGUGAUCAAUGCACGUGCGAAGUUGGACGCUGAAGAAAACUCCGUUGUCGAGAUGUACUUCCAAAUGAAGCAGGACUGGGGGAAGGAGACGGUUCGAGAUCGCGCGAUUGUGGACCUCCUGGAGCAUAUAAUCUGGGAGCCGAGCUUCGACCAGCUGAGAACCAAGGAGCAGCUGGGGUACUCGGUGGAAUGCAGCGUCAGAGUAACGCAGUCGGUAAUGGGUCUUUGCUUCCGGGUUCAGUCGGCGGAAUACCACCCUCGGCACGUGCACUCGCGUAUCGAUGCGUUCAUCGAGGACUUCAGGAACUAUCUUGUUACGAUGACCGACGAGCAAUUCAGUAAUCAUCAGGAAGCGCUCAUUUCUCAGAAGUUGGAGAAGGACACGAACCUGGAGGAGGAAAGCGAUCGACAUUGGGCCCAGAUAUGGGACAACCGGUAUCUUUUCAAUGCUCGCGAGCUCGAAGCCCAAGCUCUUCAUGAACUGAAGAUGAAAGAUCUCCUUCAAUGUUACGACUCCUAUCUCUCUGCUGCAUCCACGACCAGGCGCAAGCUUGCGGUGCAAAUUUGGGGAAAGAAUUGCCAAGCAAUGAUGUCGGAGGCGGAUGAAGCGAUGAAGGUGGCCGACGGAUGCGAAAAGCCCGGCGAUACCGCGUUGAUCAAGGAUAUUGCAGAUUUCAAGCGCCGGGCACAACUCUUCCCGACUGUCCGUCCCGUUCCAGUGUUGUCCUCGUCGACUGUCGUUCAAUCCGAGUAAGUUCGCUCUUCCUCGACUGCUGAACUUGAAUGCAUUCCAUUGGCCGAGCAGCAAAGCCGACGAACGGAAAUAAAAUUCAAAAAAUGGGAUUUGAACCCUCAACCUUAGAGGCUUGGGCCCUUGACAAGGCUAUACUCUGCCAUCAAGCCAUUUCCCGCCAAUCAAUCCACUUUAUUCUGUGUUGCGCUCACUGUGAGAGGCCGAAGCAAGAGGGGGGGUACCAGUUUCAUGUGCCUCUCUCUGCUCUCCGUAGAUCUUACAUUCACAAGUUAAAGUCAGAGUCUUUUCGGACACUUAGGUUUUCUUUUUCCCGACGAAAACACUCUCUCAGGUUUCUUUCUCCCCACUACAGGUUGUUGUUCCAAGUUAUAAAAAAAAAGAAAAAAAAAAACUUGCUUGCAGAAGUAGACCACCUCCUUUUGUUGUUCCAAAUUAAAAAAAAUAAAAAUAAAUUAAUUAAUAACAGCUUUGAAUUACCUGCGGCUUGUCAAUCAAUUCGAUGAUGAUACUUCAAGGCUGGAGCACAGAAGUGGAAUUUUUUAAUCCACUUGUCAACCGUUCAAAGCCCGACUCGUGCAGUCAAAGGGAGUCGUAUUCUGUUGUAUCCGACGAGCGCCGCCUGUUUUUCUUUCGAGAGGCCGGCUACAGCGGGUGAUGUGAUUUCGUUUACAAAUGAAAUUUAUAAAUCUAG